CAUAAUUUUGAAGGGAAAAUCAAAAGAGAAGACGUUAUCAGUUUGACUCGGUCGUAGCUCAAUCUCGUUUAGCAGUUGCCAUAAGAGUAAGCGAGUCGCCGUGACAGCCAGAGACUGAACAAAAUUACAAUUAACACACACCAAAGAACAAAAACUCGUUCCUAGUUUCAUGUUUGAGCUCGAGUAACUUGACCAUUGCCUUUUAAUCAAAGUUUGAUAGAAAUCAAUACGAGUGCAUCAGGAGUGUCACUUUUAUUGUCUUAAGCCUGUUGGUUACUCCUCACUUUUUAUCAGCUUUUAAAUGUGCAAAGUCACUGGCGAUUGAUGGUCAACGUUGGCAUCAAGCGAGUGUCAAUUUUGCUUACAGUAUCUCAAAAGUUAAAAGAAAACACAAAGGAUGUUUUUUCUUUAUUCAUUACUGCAACUACAACUACUUCAGAGAGAUUGUGUUUAGUGAAGUGGGGGAUGGGCAUCAUGCAAACUAAAAACAAGCACCAAGUCUCAUUGUUGUCUGUUUAUGGUUAAUGCUGAAAUCACAUUCAUAAAGUACAUUGAUGAGGCAUUGUGAAAAGAAAUAUGAAGGUUGUACCUGGUGGCUGAAGUGAAGGAUGAAAGACUGGUUGCUAACAGACACUGACAUUUUAAUUACAAAGGUUUGGUGAUCUCGGUGUCUUUAUGCAUUGUGUAUAUUCAAGCAAUGUAGCCAUUGAACUCCCAUUGACUGAAUGAACACUCGAUCAAAUUUUGCUUAAAAAUGGCUUCACAGAAUAGAAGAUUGGACUUUGAAGCAGAAGGUGGAAUGGAUGAUUUUCUGAGGCCAGCUGAAACAAACCAGCUGGUUGUAAUGCAAAGGUCACGACAAGAAGUUGAGGUUGACACAGAGGAGCAUGUGCAAGAACAGACUGAAGAUUUGUUUCGCAGCUUUGUUCAUCAACGAUUUCGCAAUGAUAACAGUCACCAUAAUUAUGAAAACAUUCCUACAACUCCAGUACUGGUGAAUUUACCUAUUUUCCGUGACAACCAGGCUGCUGAAAUCGGUCGUCAGCUGGCAAAGAUUGGAGACGACAUUAAUGAAAGAUAUGCUGAUACCUUCAACAGCAUGAUUAAAUCUUUACAGAUUGGUCCAGAAACUGCAUAUGAAGCAUUUGCUGGUGUAGCAAGAAGAAUAUUUGAGCAAGGGACCAACUGGGGCCGAAUCAUCACCCUGCUCUGUUUUGGAUAUCGCAUGGCUAUGCACAUUUUGCAUCAAAAUGCUGUGCAGUUUGCAGAUUUCCUGCGCCGUAUAUGUCAGUAUGUUAUUAGGUUUCUGGUCACAGAGAGGAUCAGCAGAUGGAUUGCAAGGAAUGGUGGCUGGAGAGGAGCCCUGACAUUCAACCCAUCUAUCGACACCCGUACCUUUCUUACGAUUGCUUCACUGGCUGCAGUUUCUGUCAUGUGUGUGAUAGCAUGGAAUCGCUUUUAUCAGCUAUAGUGUUGAUAAGCUUGCAUGCUGGUAUGUGUGUGCGCAUGUUCUUGCAUUUGUGUGUGUGUGUGCGCGCGUGUACAUAUACGUGCAUGUGUAUUAAGUUGAUAAUAAUUUGUUUUAAGAUAAAAGAAUAAAUUGGAUAUUGCCUUCACAAGUUACAGUCAUAAUUUGCAGAUGCCGAAAAAGUGAUCAAACUGAGUGCCACAAAAACGAUAAUUGUUCUGUCUCCUACCUUUCAACCCAUUUUACAUAGAAGAUUGACAAUUGUUUAAAAAGAUAAACCAAGGAAAGUGCCUGAUACCCUCGGCCAGCUCAGACCAUAUCAGUCAACGCGAGGGGUAAAAAUAUUUUCCAUGUUCACUCACCUCAUCUGAAAUAUGAUAUACUAUGUACAAAUGAAAGCUAGCUGACUUGUUCUUAAAUGAUCCCUAUCCUUUGUUCUAUCUUAGUAGAUUGGCAGAAAUAUUUACAAGUAUUUGUUACAUCUGCAGUGGUAAAGAUUACAGCACCUGUGAAGGAAGUUGAUAAAAGUAACUGAUGGAAGGAUGUUUUAUUUUGUGUUGGGUACUUCUAGCUUUAUUAAAGUACAUUGAACAGCAUUCUGCAUCUUGAGGAGCCAUGAAGUUGUUCAUGCUCUACCAGAGAGACGUUUGGAAUUGCUGUGGUGUUUAAUAGUAAUAACAAAUGUUUGAUUUACAUAGCGCAUGAUCAUGCUGACAAAGGAGCUUGUUCUCAGUGUUGGAGACAAGGAGACAUGGAUAGCCAAAGAAGGAUAGAGAGAUAACCAUGCAGACAAUAAUAGACAAGCAUAGAAAAUGCGAAGAGGAAAUAGGGGAAUGACUAUAGUAAGCAGAAAGUGUUUCAUAAAUCUGCAGAGGAGGACGAGCAGAUGGACUAGUUAAUAGCCUAUAAUCACAACUAUUGACAACUAGUCAAUAGACCAAAACAGUGAAAGAAAGGGUUAGAAAAUGGACUAGGGUUAUGUGGAUUGAUUUAAAGAGUAAUGCUUAUGGAACAGAUGUGUUUUUAGUGCAUGUUUAAAGGAUUUGAUGAUGGGUAGGCGGUAUAUAUGGAAGGGAAGAAAGUUCCACUAAAAAUCCUGUGACCACAUGUGGUUUCACCUUCAUAAAUGGCUGCAUGCUCUGUAUUGCAAUUGGACAACAUUCCUUUGUUUGAACUUUAAACUGGUUAUUGGUAAUGAUGUCCAUGAAUGGAACAUUCUCUUGCAAGAUGUGAAAACACUUUUGUGUCUAUUUGUUGAUUUAGCUUGUUUGGUGUUUUAGUCAUGUUAACAAGUGAAGAAAAAAGGUAAUUUGGUUUUGAAAGAAGCUGUUACUAGAAAGGUUACUGGAAAGUUUUUGGAAGGUGAUGUUUAAAAAUAUAUAAGGAUUUGGAUUUGUAAAACUGCGCUCAUUAAGUUUUUCAAAGUAUCAGAGAGUUUGAAACACUAGAAAAUAUUUUUUUAUUCCUUGUAAACUUGUUUGCUUGUGUGCAGUGUACAUGAAUGCAUGAGUGCCUUUGCAGCAACAUGUAAUCUUUGUGCACAAUGAGACUUUUUAUAGAAAAUUUUUAAAAGAGUUUAGUUUAUUUUUGUAUAGUUUUAUUUCGGGUGCAGCUGACUCAAAAGUUAGACAUUCUAUGCAUAAAUUUUAAGAAUAAGUCAAUACUUCCCAGCAGUUUAGCUGUUGAAAAGUGAUUUCAAAGUGAAUGUGGUUCACAAGCUGGUAUGUUUGCAAACAGUAAUGGUGUCCUCACUUUCUCCAUGCCUGUAUGGUGCUAAUUUGGAGAUCAUUCUUUGAGGUGUACAGUUGCUGCUUCCUGCCUUGUAACCUCCUUAGAUUAUCAGAUGCUCAAUCUGGACUUUUAUAUCAAAAAAGUGUUUCCGGGUUUGUCAUUUCACUUCUACAGAACCCAAAUACUGGGCGGUGCAUUAAUAAGCUUGGUAUUAAGGACUAGCAAGGUGAAAUCUAAAAGGGUUCAAAACAAAGGGAACAUUUGCUCAGUCCUUUGAUGAAUGAGCUUUACAGAGAAUAUAUCUGUAUGAUAGAUGGUUGUGUGAGGGGAACAUAUCUGUGAAGUAAGUGUUAAUAUAGACUUUUCAUUCAUGGAAUUGUUUCAUUUGGUACAAAACAGUGAUAUGCAGUGUAAUCCUGCAGUGACAGCGUAAUCCUGCAGUGACAGUGUUUUGGAAAUGUACAAGCAUAUUAAAAUGUAUUUUUUGAAUACUGUUUAUAAAGUGAAAUCUUUUUUUAAGGAAACUUAAAUGUUCAUUAUAUCUCUCGAUUGCAAUCAAGCAUUGACAUUAUUUGUGGCAGUAUUUUCAAAAAAAAAAGUCUUGCAUUUGUAUAUUUUACUCUACGUGUAAGUGGGUACACAAACAUGUCUGAGAAAGUGAUCUGUGCCAGUUAAAAAUGAAUUAGUUUUUUUUUUUACUUUAUUGCAGGUUAUUUUUGUCCAGGUCAAGUUUAAUUCUCUUAUAAUUUACUAACAGUAAUUCCUGUACCAUUGCCUCAGCUUAACUUAUUUAUUUUUUGCAUGGCUAAAAGAACACAUUAAUUAGGUGGCACUAUGAAGUUUUAUAAUUCACUUUUAGGUAGGUUCUCUUAAAUUAUGAAAGAUCAGGUUUAUUGAUUAAAUGUAAAGGAUCCACUUUUUCAUUUCCAGUGUGGUGGGAUGGAAUUUUUUAAAGGAGAGAUGACUUUUAGGACUGAAUUACUGUUUAUUUAUUUAUUUUUUGAUUAUUUAAUUGAGUGGAUGGUUAAGCAAAUGCAUUAAUAUGCAUAUUUUUUGUCCUUUAGCUCUCAUCAAUUGUUUCUGAUGGUGAUAGUGUUAUAUAAUUUAGAAACCAUUGUAAUGCUUUUUUUAAUUGGUGCUCAAAUUCCUGUAUCUAUUAUGUUCAAAGUGCCAUGUCCUUCCUCCUUUGCAAAUUAGUGAUUAAAUCUUUUACAUGAUGAGAAGAAGGCUGCAGUUGUGGAUUAUCAGUAGAGAGUUAAGGUUUUAUUUUUAUUUUUCCUUUUGACUGCUUAUAGAUAUAUAGGUUAUGGCAAAAUAUUGAUGAUGUUGACUGAAAUGUUUUUAUGUAAAGGAGCAUUUGCUAUCUUUCAUGACAAAGCCAAAAGCCAUAAUGCAAAGAGCAUAACAGUUUGGAGGCUAAAAGGCAUUUUUGUGCAGUUCGCAUGCAUGAUGUAAUCUUCAUGUUUUAUGCAGUAUUCUGUAAAGUAUACUGCAUUAUAAGGUAUUUUUCAUUUGUCAUUGUCAUUGUCAUUUCUACUGAUGGAUUUUUGCUUGUUAACCAUAAUGAUUUUCCACCAAACUAAUCUUUAUUGAUGAUCUCAUGAGGUUUUGAUUAUGGGCUGUGUGAUCUCUUGCAGAAGAUGAAAGUGCACAUGCUUCUCUGAUUAAAAGCAGCAAAUGUCAGCUUAAUAUAUUCAAGACACAAAGUCUUCCCAGGUUUCAGGAGUCAUUCCAAACCCACAUAACUAACCACAAAAUUAUAGUACAUGCAGCAAAUCUCCAUAUGGAUUAAAAAAUUGUUGGUGUUUCUGCUGUUCUGCCAAAAAAAAAACCACUUUUAAAAUCAGAAGCUAAGCAAAAUGGUUUUGCAAGACCUCUAAUCUAAAUUUAAGACUUUUGUCUCCCCAGUGUAAACAGCAUUGCUCUGUAUCAAAAUGUAAGUCUUGAAUUUUAAAGCAACAUAAAUUGAUCAUGAAAAAUUAAUAGCGUAAAACAAAUUUGCAUUUGAAGUGGAUGCUUUUGGCCUUAGAUGACUUUUAUUAACAGCAUGAGUACUAAUCACAGCAGUGUGCACUUAAGUACAAUUUGUCUGCAUGCAGCAUCAUGGAAGCAUGGUCCUGCUUGUGUAUAGUUUUAAAACCCAUGAUACUGAAAAUGUGGGCUUAUUCCAAGAUUUUUAUAUCACAACGGCAGGUUGAUGUGCAGUUUUACUUCCACAGACCAUUCCUUGACAAUGACUUUUUUCACGAGAGCAGCACGUUUUCGCUGCUUGAGAUCCUAUGACAAUGGUUUAAUGGCUAUGUAAAAAUGGAACUGUAAAGGUGUUCAUUAUGGUUGUCUUCUAACCUUUGAAAUAUUUUAAACUUUCUGAAUGAACUUUGAAACUUGAAAAACGAUAUGAAGUAAAACCACUGCAAGCAUAAUUCUCUGCGAUGGAUCUUGAUCUUAAUGUUGCAUUUUAAAAUUUAAAUGUAAAGAGUUUUUUUUUUUUCAUUAUAAAUUACAAAAUUGAAACACUUACAUGUUUUAAAUAUCUAUGAGCUCCUGAAAAAAG